GAUGCCCAGUACUGGUCGGCACCCGACCCGUCGACAACCUGAAACUGUCCUCCCUCCUUUGCUCUCCUCUUCGAAAAUUUGGUCUAUCGGCACAUGGAGGAGAAGUGAAAACCCUCAUUCUCGACCGGAGCAUCAAGCAAGGUGAGCUUUGAAUCGUUUAAACUUCUGCCCAGCUCCGGAUGUGGGUUCUUGGAAGCUCCUUUUCUUGUCACAUCUUCACUUGGCGGACGGAUUUUCGAACUUGCCUGCUUUGAAGUGCUUCUUGUUCUUGAUGGUUGGAAAGACAGAAGGAAUCUCCACACGGCAUACGUUCUGUUUGCACAAUGAUCCAUCUCCUGGUUUCCGCGAACAUGAAUCAUGCAGCAGUGUCUUUGGUUUCAGGGUUGAUUAGGUCGUACCGAGACCACUUUGAUUGUUCCCAUGUGAUGUUCGAUGCCAUUGACCGGACUCGUAGAGAUAAGAGACCUUAUGCUACUGUAUAUAGUAUGUUCAUCAGUUGCUUUUUGGAGGUCAGGAUGAUCAAUGAGGCUCUUGAUUUUAUUUCUCGAAUGCUGCUUUUAGGUCUGUCUCCAUCAAGUAAAGCUUGUAAUAGUGUAAUUUCACUUCUGUUAGGUCUUAAGCAAUUUGCACGUGCAUGGGAGUUGCUUGCACAGUUUGGUUGUUCAAAUACCAUUCUGGUAUCUCUGUUUGUCAAUAGCUUUUGCGAUGAAGGGGAUAUAUUGCUGGCAAGUAAGCUUCUUUUCAGUAUGCGGGAUUAUGGAAGUAAACCAGAUGUUGUUACUUAUACGAUGUUGCUUAAUGCACUAUCGAAGAGGGGAAAUGUCAGGGAGGCAAAUGCGUUAUUGUACAAAAUGACAGAAACUGGUGUCACUCCUGAUAUCGUGUCAGUUUCUGUGGUUAUUGAUGGCUACUCUAAACUAGGUAGAUGGGAUAAAGCCUUAAAUGUUUUGAGGAAAUCAGGAUUUCGACCUGAUAUUUUUGUAUAUAAUAGCUUUAUAUCAACAUUAUGUAGGGUUGGUUGUGUGGUGGAGGCCACUGAGUUGUUUGAUGAAAUGUGUCAUGUUGGUCUGUCCCCUGAUUGUCAUAGUUACACAGCAAUUAUUAGUGGAUAUUGUAAUAUAGCUAACAUGAGUAGAGCUAGGAAAUAUCUUUGUGAAAUGUUGAAGAAAGGAUUUAACCAAGGUAUUGUCACUUUCACGGUGCUGAUCAGAGGUUACUGCAAGGCCAGGGAUUUGGAGGAAGCUGAAUAUUUGCUUAGAUUAAUGCUUGUGGACAGAAUACAACCAGAUAUUUUUAUUUAUAAUGCCUUGAUAGAUGGGCACAGCAAGAAUGGGAACAUGCAUAAGGCUUUUGAAUGGCUGGAUUGUAUGAAAAAAAUGGGGGUUUCACCAGAUAUCACAACUUACAAUAUCAUCAUUCAUGGCCUUGUUAGAAAGGGAUUUUUGAGGGAAUCACAUCAAAUUGUUGACGAGCUUGUGAGGAGAGGAUUUUGUCCUGACCAGUUUACUUAUACCAAUAUAAUUGAUGGGUACUCAAGAGGAGGCAAUUUUCGAGAAGCUUUCUUGAUAUGGUGUUACAUGAGUGAGAAGGGUAUACAACCAGAUGUUGUGACAUGCAGUGCUCUGCUGAAUGGACUGUGCAAGGCACACCGCAUGGAAGAAGCAAGUGCAUUAUUCCAAAGGUUGUUAUAUGCAGGGCUAAAGCCAGAUAGGAUUGUUUACAAUGAUCUCAUUCAUGGCUAUUGUAAUGAAGGAAACAUACCUGAGAUCUCCAGGUUGAUAAAUAUGAUGCUAAGAGAAAGGAUAUAUCCAGAUGCAAUGACGUACAGGUCACUCGUUAAAGCAUUUGAGAAGAACAGGGCUGAACAUGCUCUAGAACAUGCUGCCACAGCUAUUAAGAAGUUACUAUCAAAAAAUGGUGUUUGUAUAUGAAGAUGAAUUCAUGCAGUGAACUUAUCAAACGAAUAAGGUUUUGUCUCCCUCCUCUUUUCUCUACUGUCUGGCCUCUACUGUAUUCUGUUUCGUUGUUUGCAUGCCUUGUACCUAAAUCUGUACAGAGAAGUGUGCAUCAAUGAACUGCUAUCUUGGUGUUUCUGGUCCA